GGUAUGAAGAACAAUAUUACAGGAGGGGUGUACACCCUCUGCGAUAUUGAGAGUCAUAUCAUCCUCUUUCGCUCUGGAUAUUAGGAACAAUAUCACAGGGCUGUGUACACCGCCUGCGAUAUUGGGAGUAAUAUCAUCCUGUCGCCCUGAGGAGAGAAGCCAUUUCUCUACUGUCUCCUGUCUCUGAAGAGGAGGAGGAAGUAGAAGUGGAAAAACAACAGGAACGAAGUCGGUGGCAAGACCAGCCGGUGGCACUGAUGAGCCGGCAUGAGGUGUCCAAGUCACACAGAGCCACGGAAUCUCACAGGUGUCUGAAAAUUCCUCCUCCUGGGACUCUCUCUCAGAGGAUCCAGAACUGCAGCCCGUCCUCCCUGGGCUGUCCCUGUCCAUGUACCUGGUCACGUUGCUGAGGAACCUGCUCAUCAUCCUGGCUGUCAGCUCUGACUCCCACCUCCACACCCCCAUGUACUUCUUCCUCUGCAACCUGUCCUGGGCUGACAUCGCUUUCACCUCGGCCACGGUUCCCAAGAUGAUUGUGGACAUGCAGUCACAUAGCAGAGUCAUCUCUCAUGUGGGCUGCCUGACACGGAUGCCUUUCUUGGUCCUUUUUGCAUGUAUAGAAGACAUGCUCCUGACUGUGAUGGCCUAUGACUGCUUUGUAGCCAUCUGUCGCCCUCUGCACUAUCCAGUCAUCGUGAAUCCUCACCUCUGUGUCUUCUUAGUUUUGGUGUCCUUUUUCCCUAGCCUGUUGGAUUCCCAGCUGCACAGUUGGAUUGUGUUACAAUUCACCUUCUUCAAGAAUGUGAAAAUCUCUAAUUUUGUCUGUGAGCCAUCUCAACUUCUCAACCUUGCCUGUUCUGACAGCGUCAUCAAUAGCAUAUUCAUAUAUUUCGAUAGUACUAUGUUUGGCUUUCUUCCAAUUUCAGGGAUCCUUUUGUCUUACUAUAAAAUUGUCCCCUCCAUUCUAAGGAUUUCAUCGUCAGAUGGGAAGUAUAAAGCCUUCUCCACCUGUGGCUCUCACCUGGCAGUUGUUUGCUUAUUUUAUGGAACAGGCGUUUGGGGGCACCUCAGUUCAGAUGUGUCAUCUUCCCCGAGAAAGGCUGCAGUGACCUCAGUGAUGUACGCUGUGGUCACCCCCAUGCUGAACCCCUUCAUCUACAGCCUGAGAAACAGGGAUAUUAAAAGUGUCCUGCGUCGGCCGCACAGCAGCACAGUCUAA